AUGAGCAAAAUAUUGGCAGAGGUAUGGAAGACCAAGAACAGUGCAAUCGAGCUGCAGUUCUCUGCUCUGCUGGGUUCUUGCCGGGAUCUAGCGACUGGAAGGCGAAUCCACGCUCAGAUUUUAGCAGGAGGAGGAGCCCCAACCCGAUUCCUGUCCAAUCUCAUCGUCCAAAUGUAUGGAAAGUGCGGAAGCGUGGCCGAUGCAGAGCUCGCAUUCCGAUCCAUCCGAGAUCCCAAUCUCUUCUCUCACAGCAUGAUCAUCUCGGCCUACAUCCACAACGGGCAGCUGGAUCAAGCGCGUGCAAUGUUUUCUUCCUUCCAUAACCGCGACGUGGUGCUGUGGAACACGAUGCUUCAGGGAUAUGCCAGAACUGGGGAUAUCGUUGAGGCCACGAAGCUCUUCCAGGACAUUCCUUCCAAGGAUGCGGUAUCGUGGAGCGAGGUCGUCCAGGCGCACGCACACGCUGGUGAUUUGUGUAGUGCGCGGCAGAUUCUAGACAAAAUGCCGCUGUGGAACACCGGAUCGUGGACUGCAAUGCUUGUAGCAAAUGCACAAGCAGGGCAUCUUGACCAGACCUGGUUUUGUUUUGUGGGCAUUCGUUUUCUAGACAUUGUGGCGUGUAACGCAAUGCUACAAGCGUUUACGAACUCUGGGGAGUAUUUCAAGGCCUUUGAGCUGUUCUUUAAAAUACCCAAGCACAACGUUGUUAGCUGCACAACAAUGCUCGCUGCAUAUGCCCAAAAGGGACACAGUUUAGAGUUGAAACAGUUUUUCCAGGAUAUGCUUUGCAGAACGCCUAUAACGUGGAACGCAAUGGUGAACUGUUGCAAGCUUAACGACGCCAAAGAAACUGCCAAAAGAAUGCCUGCCCAUGACGUGAUGACGUGGACGUCUCUGAACGAACAUCCCAGCGAAGCGAUGGAUCUCUUCCUCGCAGCGCCGCUUCGCGAGAUCGUCACCUGGAACCAUAUGAUCGUGGCAAUGGGCCAAAACGGCGAGAUCGAGCAGGCGCGCCUGGUCUUUGAUCGAUUGCCCGCCCGGGACGUCGUCUCCUGGAGCUCGAUCACCGCCGCGCUCGCCCACAACGGAUCCAUCCAAGAGGCGCGCGCGCUCUUCGACCACCACACUCCGGAGAGGAACCUCGUAUCGUGGAACGCGAUGGUGGCCGCCUACGGCCAAUCCGGCGACGCCACCCUCGCCAAGGCCGUGUUCGAUCGCAGCCCAGGGUGGAACACACUCUCCUGGAACUCGAUCCUCGUCGCGCUCGCGGGCAACGGCCUCGUCGAUCGAGCGCGCGAGAUGUUCGACGGCUUCCCCGGCUCCCGGAACCUCGUCUCCUGGAGCGCGAUGAUCCAGGCGUACGCGCUCCACGCGCGGGGCGAUCUCGCGCUGGGGCUCCUCCGGGAGAUGGACGUGGAGGGGAUCGAGGCGGACGAAUCCACGCUCCUGGGCGUUCUUGCGCUGUGCGGUCACCUGGGGAUGCUGAGGGAGGGGGUGGAGAUGUUUCGGUGCCUGGCGAGCGAUCGGUGGAUGGAGCCCGGGGGCGAGCACUACAGCUGCAUGGUGAGCUUGCUGGGGCGAGUGGGGAUGGUGGAGGCGGCGGAGGAGCUGGUGCGGGCGAUGCCGUUUAUGCCCGGGGUGGCGGCGUGGACGAGCGUGUUGAAUGCGUGCCGGACGCACGACCAGGUGGAGGUGGCGGAGAGGAUGUGCGAGGAUGCGCUGGAGGCGUUCCCGGACUGCCCCAGCCCCUACUCGCUCCUCGCCAAUGUUUUGUCCAGGGGUAUUUGCAAGGGUGCUGCGUCUGCCACCUUUCGCCGGAGGUCAGAUCAGUUUAUGAAACAGUAG